GUGCUUUCUGGUUACAACUCGUUGUAAACUGCAUUGAAUGCGGGAAAACUUUCAAACCUGGAGAAAGGGAACGAAAUUUUUCGUCUGAGGUAAGCAGUUUUUAAAUAUCUUCUGUGCUUUGACAGAUCUUACGCUCUGAAAUCAACGUAAGCUUAUCGUUGGAUUUUUAAAAUUUUGUAAUCAAUCAAAAUUUUACCGCAAUCGAUAUAGAAGAACCUUAAAAAGAUGAACAUUCAGGUCUUCCUGGGUCUUCACAUGAUUUAAAAAUCAACAAAAUAAGAAAUAUUUCAACAAAAAUUCUACUAAAUAUUUCAAAAUGAUCGCAAACUCUGAUCACGGUCGACCCAAUCUGGUGACCAAACGUACGCUUAUUCGUGACGGAAAAAGUAUCUUUUUUUGUUUGUUUGUUUAUUACAGAAACAUCGCAUAAAUGUUACUUUUUUCCAUUGUCGAUGAGUAAACUUGAAUAUACAGGCGCUGUAGAAGAAGAUGCCCGGCUUAAUAUGUUAUGAUUUUCGUGACGGACAUUAUUCACAUCAAUAUUCCCGCAAUAUUGUUAUCACGUAUACCGGAAAUUUUAAGAAAAUCCUACAGUACAAUUGUUUACAUUUUACAAAGAUUUGUUUGUAUAUUCACAGUGGAUAGCCUUGAGUGGUGACCAAUAUAUAUUAAGUGAAGGUCCGUUUUUAUCUUUCUGUAAUCAAUUCAACUGUUUACAACUGAUUUUAAGAGUGAUAUAAUGAAUUAAGGGCAAUGAGAAAAUUAUGGUUCUUUUUCAUACGAUGUAAAUAUUUGUUGUUGUUGUUGUUGUUGUUGUUGUUGCUUUGCUGUUGUUCAAAGAAAUCCCUCAGAAGAAGCAUUGUAAAUUUUGUUCUAACAAGAAUGCAUUCGACAGAAGGCUGGUUUUCAUGAAGAUGGUUUGAAAUAAAACCUUCUGCUUUAAAAGUUUGUUUGCAACUGUCAAUAUUGAAAGACUGCUCUUGCUAACUUAUGUUAAAACCAUUUUUUACCACAGAUUAGUGAGGCCCUUCGAUGGCGCAGACCCUUUAUGACACCUCACCGACUCGAUCUUUUCAAGGAUAUAAGAAUAAUGCAGCACAUUCAUCUCUUGUUGAUGAUAAAAUGAAGACAGCUUCUGCCAAACUUUCACAUGUUAAUUACAAUAUGAGCCAAGGAAGAAGUGCCCCUAAGCAGAGGCUAUCUCGCUUGGAAUUGCUCCGGAAUGAUUACAAUAAGAAACUUCAAAUGGAGCGAGAGGAGAAGAUAAACAAGUUAAGGGUUAUCCAGCAGGAGAAUAGUGUUAAACAGCAGCAUCCAAAAAGUGGCGGAGGAACAGUACGGGAAUUCUUUGCAGAGCGGAGAGCACUGGAGGCUUCAAGACAGGGGCAAAAAAAUCCUGAGUUGUUGCCUCCUAUUGAGUCACAUUUCAAACGGGUUAAGGAAAAAAGACAGGAUGUGCAGUUGCGUGGACAAGCAAAAAAGGAGCAAGCAGCUCAACCUGUGCCAGUUGGCAGACGAAUUAGCUUGAAGCACUCGGAAACGCAGGUGCCACAACAAGCAGUACAUGUACCUCUUAAACACAACACAAGAACUCAACCAAGGCAAGCUGGUGUUCUUGUAAGGAAAAGGACCAAGGGUAUUGACAAACAGGAUCUGCUUCCACCGGUAAAUAAAGGAGGUUCUGAAGUAGCGAAAAGAAAGCCACCAACACCUAAUAAAAGAUACGAGACACACUCUGUUCUGAUGCAAGAUGGUGAAGAUGAUUAUGAAUCUUCAGGUCCCUUCAUGCCUGUUCCCCCUAUUCAAAGAAAACCAGUUGCAAAACGAACAAAAGUUCCUCUACCACCCCCUAGUGGUGAAGAGUCUGCAAGUGAUUAUGAUGAUGCUCUCAGUACCCUUACAGAUCACAGCAGUAUUCCUCCAAAUUUAAGCAAACUGAAAGCCAAAGCUUUUAGGCAAAGGCAACUAAGCAAACAAAAAUUAAAUGUCACAAAUCUAGAGGAUAGUGGGAAGUUGACAGAUUUCCAAAAAUGGCAGAUGGAACAGGAUGCAGAGAGGAAAGAAAGGUUGGAAAAACACAGACAGAAGAAUGAAAACUCUGAAAUGUCUCUCUCUCAAAGAGAAAGAGAGCUCCAACAAAAGAUUCAGGAGGAACAAUCAAAACUUGCAAAUUUGAAACAACAGAAAAGAGAAUUGGAGGAACAGGAGAAAAAACAAACGGAAGAGGAUGAAAAGUGGUUGAAAGAAAAGCAAAGUAUAGAGCAGUCACUUUUGCAACCACAAGAAAUAACACAUGUACAGGAGUCUAAACAGACUAGGAAAAAAGUGUCAAAAAAGAUAGAGAAACCUCAUGUUCACAAAACUUUACAAAAGGAGACACAGCCCUCUCAAGCACAUGAAGAUAGUGAAGAAAAUAUUCAUGACAAUGCACAGAGUAAUUUCUAUGCUGAAAUGACUGAAGACAUGGGUGAAGUUGUAGUGGAUGUAUUGCCGUGCUCAAUCUGUGGGCGUAAAUUUGCCCCAGAUAGGCUGGCCAAACAUGAAAAAGUGUGUGCAAAAACUGCAAACUCUAAACGAAAGGUUUUUGAUACUAGUAAACACCGCAGCCUUGGGACAGAUUAUGAGAAGUAUGUGCUGAGUGGAAAGCACCUGGAAGAACCUGAGAAAAAGGUGAGUUACCGGGAGCAACUAAGGUUAAUACAGGGUCAUAUUGUAAGGUCUUAAACAGAAGUUACUUGGUGGCUCAGGUGUUAAAGUUUUAACAAACAAGUUAAGGUAUACAGUAAAAUUCCAAAAAUAAGCCCUGGGGCUCAUAUUUUUCAAAGGCCCUUUUUGAGGGGCUUAUUCUUGGAGGGGCUUAUAUUCGAAGGGGCUUAUCUAUAUUUUAGAAUAAGUCUAUCUACGCUAGUUUUAAAAGAAGAAAGGCAUUUGUUUUAGUGACUUGGUAACUCAGUGGCUCUUCAGUCAGGACUCCCUAGGGCAGAGGCAAUUGAAUGAUACCACAGAAAAGGAUGUUUUAUUUCAGUAGUAAGCAGUCGAGCCACCCCAAUGCGUAUACCUAGAAAACUGGCCCUGUAUUUUGUUGUGCCCAAGACAACAAUGCUUCCAAAUUGAGGUGCAGUGCUGUAGUCAAUGCUCCUGGUCUGUCCACUUUGAAUAUUAAUGAAUUUGAUUUUAGUAGUUUAGCUCUCUACUGUACAUAAACUGGAAAGGUGGACCUUUAAAGAACUUGAAAAACAGCAAUAAAGAUAUUUCCUUUGACUGACUGACUGACCAAGUGUUUUUGCUUUCAGCGCAAGGUAGACUGGAGAAAACAGCAUGAGAAUUUCAUAAAGGCUAUCCGCUAUGCUAAGGGAGUUAGUGAUGAGCCACCACCGCCCACAGAAAACCCUGACUAUGUACAAUGUCCUCACUGCAAAAGAAAAUUCAAUCAAGCUGCAGCAGAAAGGCAUAUACCAAAAUGCAAAGAUAUUAAAGCGAAACCUUCACGGUUACAAAAGAAAAGAUGACAAGCAAAAUAUUGUGCAUGUUAAGGUGUUAAUUGUUAAUGAAGGCACUGGUUGCACUUUUGUGGUUCUUUACUGAUCAAGUCUUGCAGCACAAAGUUUAAGGCUUUGCAUAACACCUUGGAUGCCAGACCUUGGGAAAGACAUAGCUACAAUGAUCCCAUUUGCAUUAAACUUUGAAACUCAAAAAAAUAAAGUACUUUAGGCAAGUCCUACAGUUGCUGGCC